AACUCGUCGCGUCUCUUCUGAGCAUGACGAGUGCAACGGAAUGGCACUUGGACAAGUUGCUUGCUCCAGAUAUCACGACAUAUCUGGGAAAGUUGACAAGAGAUCAGCCGUCAUCAAGUAGCCAACUUAUGCCUCUUCAUAUUGCCUCCGCCACCGGUCUGGACGCUGUCGUCAAGCAGAUCCUCAAGGAAACUCCAGCGGAGGUGGUCUCGAAAGACGUGCGUGGCCGCACCCCGCUGUUCUACGCGGUACAGUGCCCGCUUACACGUAGUUCAACCAUCCAACUACUCCUUCAACAACAGACCGAUGUCGAUGGGAAGACAGUCCCCGAAAACCAGCCGGAGCUCCUCUUGGAACACUGUUGCCGAAAGGGCCUGUUUCGCCUUGCCACAUGUUUCCUUGAACAUAAAGUAAGACAUGACCUGCAACAUCUCCUUCGUUUGGCUCUUCUGGCUCUCACGGCGUCUCUUCCGGGGAGGUCCAGCUCUGACAGAGCCGUCUUGAUUCGGAGGCUGAUUCGACAUGGGGCCAAUCCGAACGGCAUGGUGCGGGCAACAGACGUUGAUGUUGAUAAACGGCCGCUCCUUCUUGAGAUGGCAUUAACAUCGCAUUCGGCGACAAAACGUCUGCUUGCCAUUCGAGGCGCCGAUGUGAACAUCCAGGAUAAGUACGGUCACACGGCCUUAAGUUGGUUGUUAUUGGAAAACCACUCGGCGCGCAAGACGGUAGCAUUGCUCCUGAAGUGCGGGGCAAAGUUACAGCCACGCUCCCUUGAAGGUAUCAUACGGGAUACAACGUUCCGGACGCACCAGGAGCUCGUGACGUUGCUUUCACGUCGCGAAAACACAUUCGAACUGUUUCGCCUCCUUUACAAGCACUGCAACUCGCAUGCGGCGAAGGGCCAGACGGAGGUCAACUUCUUGGCUUCAAUGCCUCGGGAGUCCGCAAUAUUGGCACGAAUGUCUGACCGUGACAUCAACGACAUUCGAAAGGGGAACGUUUUUCCUAUAAGCCCAUAUUUCGAUUUGAUUUUGGCGCCCAAGAGCCAUCAUGGCUCUCAAGGCCAAAGACAGCAAGAUGUAGUUUGGUAGUGAGGUCGUUACCCAAGGGUUUUGCGGUGCAAUCAGAAUCGAGUUCGUGAGCGAUAGCACUUUGACGGGGGUGAAAAGAAGGAGAAAAUGGCGUCAGGUCUUUCCCGUCAUAUUUAGAUAUGAC